AUGGAGGAGUGGCAGAAGGAUGCGGCGGCCAUCAAGCUGCAAGCCACCUGGCGCGGAAAGCAGGUCCGCAGCGCAAAAGUCACGGCAGAGGACACCUACACCGUGGUCCUACCUGAGGGGACGCCCAAUGCAGGCUUCACGCCUGCGGCGCUGCCUCCGCUGCCGUCGGUCAAAGUUGCCAAGGUCUCACCGAAUAGCUGGGCUGAGAAGAGUGGCGUGAAGGUCGGAGACAAGUUGCUGAAGGUGGGCGAGCAAAUGGUGUCCAAGAUGGCGAAGGAUGACUUCUUGGCGGCAGUGAAGGAGCGGCGGCCAGUCGAGUUGACGUUCGCACACGCGGUGCACGACUUUUCCAAGGAGCUGGUCUCCGAGGCUGGCGUGGGGGAGCCCUACGUCAUCAAGGAAGGCAGGGCCGGCGGGCAUCGUGAGCAUCCGCCCCCGAUUCUGCCAAGGAGCCGGAGGCGGCCGAGGACCACGCGAAGACGUUGGGUGAGCACUGCACGCACGGCGCGUGACGCUGUGGGUGCGGACAAGCAGGCUGGAGUGCACGGAGCAUUCCACAACCUGAACCAAAAGACCGACCCCGGUGAGGAGCUGGACCACGGCGGCGCCCGGGCCUGCUUUUUGAACGUUUGGGGUGACGUGAGCCAAAUCCAGCACGAUCUCAAAAAGAUUGCGGAAAACAUGAAGGUCCAGAAGCCAGGAAUCAUGGUUGCAGAUGGCGUGGUGAAUGUCAAGUUUGACCACUGGCAGACGCCUGAGGAAUGCCCCUGUCCAUUCAUAGGUUAG